UAAAAGAAUCAUUAUAAUCGAUAUAGAUAAUUCUCGCUUACAAAUUAUUAUUGCGUGCCUGGUGUCUAUGUAUAUGUAUGUAUACAUCUAUUCUACUCUCUCCAUUUCUCAUCUACAAUCAAUUCAUCUCUUCUCCGAUCAAAACCCUAAAAAAAUCAAUCACUCUCUCUCUCUCUCUCUCUCUCUCUCUCUCUCUCUCUCUCUCUCUCUCUCCAAUCGACUAAUCCUUUCCAGCCAAAUUGAUCUGUAUCGGAGCGAUUUGCAUGCGAAUUGACUCUCUCGAUGUGUUGUAGUGCCAAUUGCAAAACCUAAUUGAGCUUCCGAGUCGUUAUGUGAAGUACUGUAUAUGCAACUAUACUUGCAGAACUCUCUACAAGUGACGCAUAAGGAUGGUAUGAUAUGCAUCAAGUUGGUGGUAUUAGAUGCAGGACCAAAGCCAGGAUAUAGAAUUUUUUAAGUUUCAAUAUGAAGACACUGAUAUGAAUAGGCAAGAGUUCACAAAUGCUAUGACUGUAAAAUCAAAGCAAAACGGCCUGGAGCUUAUUAAUUUUGAUGGACACAGAGUGAACGAGGGAGAGUCCAACGUUGAAAUAUAUGUAGGGUUAGAAUUUGACUCUGCAGAAGAUGCACAGGAGUUUUAUAGUUUAUAUGCAGCACAUUUAGGAUUCAGGAUUAGGGUUGGUCAGUUGUAUCGGUCAAGGACCGAUGGGUCAGUUAUAUCUCGAAGAUUUGUUUGUUCUAAGGAGGGUUUCCAGACAAACGCAAGAACAGGCUGUCCAGCUUUUGUUAGAGUACAGAAAAAUGACAAUGAGAGAUGGGCAAUUGCAAAUAUCCACACAGAACAUAAUCAUGAGCUGGAACUUCCGGGUCAAAUUUGUCCACCUCAAACACAAAGGAAGCCCCUGCCCGCCACAAGAGCAGAACCUGUGUCCACGAGAACUGGUAUUAGAUCACAUGAGUGGGAUAAUCCACCUAAUGUGAUUGAUCUCAAGCGUCAUAAAAGGGAGGAGGCGGAAGGAGAGUCUACAGUAGGAUUUAGCGGAGAUCCUUAUAAAGGUCUUGAAUUUGGUUCAGCUGAUGAGGCUUACAGAUUCUACCAUUCAUAUGCUGCUAAUGUCGGGUUCAGAGUUCGGAUUGGGCAGUUAUUUCGCUCAAAAAAUGAUGGCUCAAUUACAUCGCGAAGAUUUGUGUGCUCAAAAGAAGGGCAUCAACAUCCUUCAAGAGUAGGUUGCUCUGCAUUUAUGAGGAUACAAAGACAAGAAACAGGACUGUGGGUGGUUGACCGUCUUCUUCUGGAGCACAAUCAUGAACUCAGUUUUCCAACAGAAGCUACUAAAAAAAGAUCAGGUGCUUCAAAGGUAUGUAAAGAAGAAGUUAUGGGUGAGUUAGAAAAUUUAGAUUUAGUUGAGACAAAUGGAGGCUUCAGCCUUGUUAAAAGAGGACGGGAAAGUAACAUAGGAAGUGAUUGGUAUGGUGUGCUAUUAGAAUAUUUUCAAUCUCGGCAAGCAGAAGACCUAGGAUUCUUCUAUGCUAUUGAAGCAGAUGAGGGUAAAUGCAUGAAUGUGUUUUGGGCUGAUGGUCGGUCUAGAUUUUCUUGCUCUCAAUUUGGCGAUACAGUCUUUUUCGAUACGACAUAUAGGAGAUUUAGUUAUACUGUGCCAUUUGCUUCUUUUGUUGGGGUUAAUCAUCACAGACAACCGGUGCUUAUGGGGUGUGCUUUAAUUGCUGAUGAAUCGGAGGAGUCUUUUACCUGGGUGUUUCAGUCAUGGCUUAAAGCAAUGGCUGGGCGAUAUCCGUUGUCAAUAAUAGCUGAUCAAGACAAGGCCAUCCAACAUUCAAUUGCAAAUGUGUUUCCUGGCACUCAUCAUCGAUUUUCUGCCUCGCAAAUCAUGGUUAAGGAACAGGAGAAUUUAGGUGCAUUACUUUCAAUGGAUAACGAGUUCAGAUAUGAAUAUGAAACAUGUGUUUCACAGUGUCAGACGGGAAAUGAAUUUGAUUCUGCAUGGAACAGGCUUGUCACGAAAUACAACUUGAGAGAGAAUAUUUGGCUAAAGGAAAUGUACAGAAUGCGCAAAAGUUGGGUUCCUUUAUAUUUGAGGGGCACCUUUUUUGCAGGCAUCCUUGUGGAUGGAAGCAUGAAGCCUUAUUUUGGCACACUUUUGACUGCCCAGACACCUCUUAAUGAAUUCCUGUUAAGAUAUGAGAAAGGUCUUGAGCAACGCCGUGAGGAAGAAAGAAAAGAGGAUUUCAAUUCGUUCAACAUACAAGUAGCCCUGCACACGAAAGACCCCAUUGAGGAACAAUGUCGAAGGCUCUAUACAAUUACAAUGUUCAAAGUAUUUCAGAAAGAACUCCUGGAAUGCUAUGGUUAUGUCGGGAUAAAAUUAAAUAUGGAAGGAGUUAUUAGUAGAUUCAUGGUGCAGAAGUGUGGCAAUGGAGAUGAGAGGAGCACUGUUGCCGUCAAUGCUUCCAAUCUCAAUAUCAGUUGUAGUUGUAGGAUGUUUGAGUGUGAAGGGAUUCUCUGUAGGCAUGCGUUAAAGGUAUUUCAGAUAAUGAAUGUUAGAGAACUUCCCUCUCGUUACAUUUUACAUCGGUGGACCAAGAAUGCCAAGUAUGGUAUUCUAAGGGAUACUGAUUCAGGAGGAGGUCAAGAUUAUAAGGCCUUAAUGUUGUGGAGUUUAAGAGAAGAAGCGGGUAGCUAUAUUGAGGCAGGGGUAACAUCGCUUGAAAAGUACAAACUAGCAUUUGAGAUAAUUCAAGAGGGCAGAAGAACUCUUUCCUGGCCAAGCUAGAAGAAAUCAAGGUGAGGAAUCUUAUUUGGAAGGUUAACCUUGGAUCACAUACCAGAGUUUUGGGGGAACUGCUCAAGAAGCCUUAGCAUAUGCUGUUGAUUUCAAACCAAAGGGCAGACAAUUGCUUUUUGAGAUGUUUUUCUUAAACUUAAAACUGAUGUCUUAAUACUUUUGGUUCACAUCAGAAUCUGACAUUGCCUUUUCAUGUUUUGUUAACUUCUAAUUUCAAUGGUUUGAGCCUAUGAAUGACAAUGGUCUGUCUCGUUUCUUGUA